ACUUCACCCCCAUCAUGCACACAUACCGGGGUCAUAGAGCAGAUUCAUUUAGGCCAAUUGAUGUCCUUGAACUCAAUGAAUUUCGGGCACGCAAUCGCACAUUCAACGGUGCGUACCGCCGUACCGCCAUUGCUACCCUUGGGUACGCACUGACGGCCCUCCGACUGUUUGAUUCGCGUUUUUUUCGAAUUGGUAUUCUCUAUCUCGUUCUCUCCAUUCUCCUUUUCGCUCUCGGGUAUAUUCGUGCUCGACAUUCGCGGCAUGACUUUUCCGACGGAUCGAAACCUAGCGCUCUUUAUGAUCAGGCGCUCCCUACUGUUGGGCAGGAAGACAGACGGGAAUACGGUCGUCCAUUCGUAACGGCUGGACGUGAUGUUGUUGCUGUUGGUGCACUCGUGAUGGUAGUGGAAUUCCUGUUGCUUGUGUUUGUACUUCAAAUGUGACUCUUUUCUGUGCAGCAUCAACCUCAUAUAUUGGGUAUGGUGCGAAAAUUUACCCUGCUAGUUCUAUCUGAACUAAUUUGUAUGUAGCUAUGUUGGUCAAGCGUUAUUCAUUUCCGACUCCUAUCCUUCGCUGUUUCAGCUGAGGAAUGCAGAGCCGUCGAUACGCCAUUCAGUAUUGUAACCAUCAGUAUGAAACCCAAUCGCAUUUUCAACGGGGUCUCCAAGGAUCAACCGUUAAUACGUUUGC